GCAACCUUAUAUUCUUGCAUCAUUAAAUCUAAAUGCUUCAAAAAUAGAUUCUGAAGUAUGGACAAGUAGUGAAAACAAUACAAAUGCAUUAAAAAUUAUUGAUACACAAAAUAAAUUUGGUGUUCCUUAUUCAAGACACAAAAGAAAUAAUAAAAAUGAUAAAGUUUUAGAAGAUAUAAUAAAUACUACCAAUGAAAAUUUAAAAAGAAAAGAUUUUGAAUUAGAAGAGAAAAAAAUGGCACUUAAAGAAUGUGAACUUCAAAUUCUUACUCAAGAAGCAGCAACUAGAGGAGCCAUAAUUAAAGCUGAAGCUCUAGAAUUAGCUAAUUUAGAGAAAAAAAAAAGUCUUUAA